AGUGUUUGUACACCAAUACUCCGUGUUCCCCGCGUUCUGACGCCGCAGCCUCCCGGGACGAUGGUGGCCCGCCUGCUGCUGCGCGUCUGGCCCCGGGGCCCUACCGUUGUCCCAGGAGCACCUCGUCGGCCCCUCAGCGCCAGCUCCGGGCCGGGCCAGUACCUGCAGCGCAGCAUCGUCCCCACUAUGCACUACCAGGACAGCCUGCCCAGGCUGCCUGUUCCCAAACUUGAAGACACUAUUAGAAGAUACCUCAGUGCACAGAAGCCUCUCUUAGAUGAUGAGCAGUUCAGUUAUGUUGUUUUUUAUUUUCAUAUUUUAGGCCCCUGGUUUGAUAUGUACUUAACUGCUCGAGACUCCGUUGUCCUGAACUUUAAUCCAUUUAUGGCAUUCAACCCUGACCCAAAGUCUGAGUAUAAUGACCAGCUCACCCGAGCGACCAACAUGACUGUUUCUGCCAUCCGGUUUCUGAAGACACUCCGGGAUGGCCUUUUGGAGCCAGAAGUGUUUCACUUGAACCCUGCCAAAAGUGACACUGAUACCUUCAAGAGACUCAUACGCUUUGUGCCUUCCUCUCUAUCUUGGUAUGGUGCCUACUUGGUUAAUGCAUAUCCUCUGGAUAUGUCCCAGUAUUUUCGCCUUUUCAAUUCAACUCGUUUACCUAAACCCAGCCGGGAUGAACUUUUCACUGAUGAUAAAGCCAGACACCUCCUGGUCCUAAGAAAAGGACACUUCUAUGUCUUUGAUGUCCUGGAUCAAGAUGGGAACAUUGUGAGCGCCUCUGAAAUUCAGGCUCAUCUGAAGUACAUUCUCUCAGACAAUAGCCCUGCCCCUGAGUUUCCACUGGCAUAUUUGACCAGUGAGAACCGAGAUGUCUGGGCAGAGCUCAGGCAAAAGCUGGUGAGUGGGGGCAAUGAAGAGACCCUGAGGAAAGUGGACUCCGCCGUGUUCUGUCUCUGCCUAGAUGACUUCCCCAUUAAGGACCUUGUCCACUUGUCCCACAACAUGCUGCAUGGUGAUGGCACAAACCGCUGGUUUGAUAAAUCCUUUAACCUCAUUAUAGCCAAGGAUGGCACUGCUGCUGUCCACUUUGAGCAUGCUUGGGGCGAUGGUGUUGCAGUGCUCAGGUUUUUCAACGAAGUAUUUAAAGACAGCACUCAGGCCCCUGCCAUCACUCCACAGAGCCAGCCGGCCAGCACCGACUCUUCUGCUGCUGUGCAGAAACUCAACUUCAAGCUGAACGACGCCUUAAAGACUGGCAUUAGUGCUGCUAAGGAAAAGUUUGAUGCCACUAUGAAAACCCUCACCAUUGACUUUAUCCAAUUUCAGAGAGGUGGCAAAGAAUUCUUGAAGAAGCAGAAGCUGAGCCCUGACUCGGUGGCCCAGCUGGCCUUCCAGAUGGCCUUUCUGCGGCAGUAUGGGCAGACGGUGGCCACCUACGAGUCCUGCAGCACUGCAGCAUUCAAGCAUGGCCGCACUGAGACCAUCCGCCCCGCCUCCGUCUUCACAAAGAGGUGCUCCGAGGCCUUUGUCAGGGAGCCCUCCAAGCACAGUGCUGGAGAGCUUCAGCAGAUGAUAGCCGAGUGCUCGAAAUACCACAACCAGCUGACCAAAGAAGCAGCAAUGGGCCAGGGCUUUGACCGACACUUAUUUGCUCUGCGAUACCUGGCGGCAGCUAAAGGAAUUGUCCUGCCUGAGCUAUUCCUGGACCCUGCAUAUGGGCAGAUAAACCACAACAUCCUGUCCACAAGCACGCUGAGCAGCCCAGCAGUGAAUGUCGGCGGCUUUGCCCCUGUGGUCUCUAAUGGCUUUGGCAUUGGGUAUGCUGUUCAUGACAACUGGAUAGGCUGCAAUGUCUCCUCCUACCCAGGUCGCAAUGCCCGGGAAUUUCUCCAAUGUGUGGAGAAGGCCUUAGAAGACAUGUUUGAUGCCAUAGAAGGCAAAUCCAUCAAAUCUUAGCUUUUGGGCAGGUUAAAAGCCUCCAUCGCUUCAUUGACAUGGAAGUUGAGGCCUUUGUAGCUAACAGGUGCUAUUCUGUGACUAAUGAAACUAAUCAUGAGGUGCCUGAGCACUCAGUGCUGUAAAGCUUGAGCUUUAAGAUCAUGGUUUUAAAGCUAAACAUAUAUUUUCUGAGUGGGUCUAGAUCAUGGCUAAUGUGAGAUUUCAGUUUUAAGGGCACUUGAUCAGGUGGUAGGAGUUGGAAAAAUAACUCAGGUGUAUUUAUUAUUGAGGCAGAAAAUAAAAUUAUUGCUUAGAGAUGGUU